GACAAAGCGAACGUAUUCAAACUAUAAAGGCAAACGAUCGCGCUGGACGUGAAAGUACACUUUUCAAGUAUUUUACAGAAAACUAGGUUUAUUUGAACUCGAACAAUAAUAGAGAUAUAAAAUAGAGAGUAUUGUUAUACAUUGCUGUGUUAUAAUGUCUGCCAACAAGGAGAACAUACAGAGUAACGAAAAAAGUAAAAUUCCCAAGUUAAAAGAGAGAACAUCUGUGCGUCCAGUUAGAAAAGAAGAUGAAGCAUUGCGCACCUUGAUGCCGCGGAGGGAUCCACUACGGACAUUAUUAAAUCAAAACAUAGAAAACAACUCGGCUGGACCAAGUAAAGGCACCGGGAAGGCGCUCGACACACGCUACGUCACUUACAGAAACAAAGACGAAGAAACAUUAGACUGGAACUUUGAAGUUUUUAAAGACAAUUUAAAUAAGAAAAUUAACACGCAAACAGACGAAUGUGAGAACAUAAACAAUGUUGAAAACAUUCUAACUGAUAGUAGUACGAACGCUUUGUUGAAGUUGACCCCUUUAUAUGUUCACAAACCCUCUACGGAACUGAGUACGAUAAAGAAAGUAAAGAAGAGUCUCAAAAGACCUAGUUUUAGAAGUGUGCUAGGAGCAAAGUCACCGGUGUCGGCGAAGGCUUAUCAUUGCACCAUUUAUUCAGGCGUGGACUGCAGGGACAACGUAGUGCCUGGGUCACAUUUUGACCAAUUAAGUCAGGAAUAUGCGUUGGAUAAUCUUCACUACCUGUUACACGCCGAAAAGAAGGUGAUAGGAGAACCGAAGAUAAGGAAAGCAUCUCGAUCUUGCGUUGUUAAUUGGAUAAUCAACGUUAACGGUUCCGGUGGUCACCCAGCAGUGGUUCAACUUGCCUGUUGGUACCUGGACGCGUAUCUGUGUACUACUAGGGUGACCAUCGACAGGCUGCAGGUGAUCGCUGCUGCUUGCUUCUGGAUCGCUGCCAAAUUCCACGGCCGGAACAUUACUGGUCGAAGGCUCGUCAAGUAUUCAGGGAAUGCUUUCAUUGAAAAUGAAUUGGUGGCUGCUGAAAGAAACAUACUGCGAAAAUUGAAAUUUCAAGCGGUUCCUGUGGCACCACACGACUUCGUGCCGUAUCUGUCGUGGUACUGCGACCAGUCGGGCACGGGCGUGGUGGAGGCGGCGGCGGUGUUCCUGUGCCAGUGUGGACUGAUGAUCGACAAGACGCUGAGCGAGGAGUAUCCUUCGGUAGUGGCCGCCGCGGCUGUUAAAAACGCCCUCGUUCUGCUCAGGCAUAACGCCUGGAUGGAAAAACUUAAAGCUUGUCCUAUGUACAAAGCAGUCGAGAAGAAAGCCAGCAAUCUAGACAGUACAUGCACGCAGCUGCGCGAGGCCGUGCGCGCAGUGUCCGCUGUCGGAUACGAGUAUAAGGCGCCACUCUUCAAAUUCUCCGGUCCUCCGCACUACAUCUCCAACAAAAUUGUCAGGGCUGUCAACUAUCACGACAUUUUAAGCUUGGACUGUAGACGAAAACGAGACCCAAGACAAUAAAUAUAUAAACAGUCUGAAUACGUCCUAUUGCACGGUAAGCUUCCCCUCAAACAUCCAGAGGACCGAGGGGUAUGAAGCAUGCUAUUGUUACUCCACUGCGGGUUGGUGGAGAUAAUAAUUUAAUUACUUAAAAAAAUAUAUUCAUAAGUUUUGUCGUUAUAUGUUAUGUUUAUGUAAGUAGUUUAGUUUUGACUGAGUUUUGUUGUUUUAUCUUGUUAGGGAAGUAAGCCAAUCAAUGUAACUAAGUAUGUGUAGGUAAGUUAUUUUUAUGUGGACAUUUGAAUUAAUAGGUAAGUCUGAUAUUAAAUGUGUCAAAUAAUUAAUAUUAAUUGUUGAACGAAAUGUACUUAUUAUGAAACUAAUUUAAAAAUAAAUGAAAUUUGAAGGU